CCAGUAUUUCUAGCCUUUUUGGGUGUAAUUGACCAUGAAUUUAAUUUUCGUAAAUGGCUCAUUCAUCUAACAAUUCAGGAGCCAAAUGCAGUGAGGGUUAUGAUUGUGGCUUGAGUCAUAAAGGAUCAAAUUGUAAACGGUGUAGCGUAGAAAAGUUUAGUGUAAAUGACUCUGAAGAUACCAUGAAGCACUCUUCCAAUGGAAAUGAGGAUAAGCUGGUGAACAAAUUACAUUUGAAAAUGUGUUCUAAUCCUGAUUGUGGAAGUACAGAAAAUCUUCUGAUAGCCCCAUAUUUUGUGUGUGCUUAUUUUGGUCUUAAAGUGGAAACACAUAGUGUUAGAAAGGUUUGCCAAAGGUGCUACAGGGAUGCUGAAAAUCACCAAAAUAUUCUACUAAAAAUGCUGUGUGAUCAUAAGAGUAUAGCGUUAGGUCCAAAGAAACCCAAAAACCAAAUGGUUACUAUUGAUGAUGAAGACUACUCAGAAGAAUCUAUAGAAAGCCUUGAAGAAAUGGAAGUCGAGGGAGAUAUUGAUAAGUUUGUAAGUCAUCUAAUGGAGAAGUAUAGAUUCAAUGAACAAGUUGAUGCUUCAUUUGAACAUUUGGAGCAAAGGUGGAGCAAAAGUAAAGAUAAGAUGGCAGAAAUAGAUGUGUCCCAUUCAAAACUAGAGAAAAAUUUGGAUGCUCUCCGAAGGGAACUUUACUCUUCACAUGAGCCAAAAGUUUUCCUUGUUGAUUCUAUUGACGUUGAUACCCAAGGAAAUGUGACGAAACAUAACAACACAACCGUUACGUCUGAGGCUAUAUUGUCGUCACCGUCCAUCUGCAAACAAAUCACCCUCCCACCCAGUGGCAUGUUUAUCCAUGUACCCAUCAAAGUUAAUCAACCUAUCUUUGCGAUGAGAUCUUCGCUUUUGGCUCCAUGGGGAAAAGGACGAGUGAUAAGGGUCAAAGAGAAUCCGGAAACGCUGUACGUUAUUCGUUUCGAUACGGGUGGUAAACCACGAACAUUCCCAUUGAAAUAUCUCGCAUACGCUGAGCCAAGCCCAGUCCAAUUAACCGUUGGGUCACGAGUCGUUGCACAAUAUGUCGAAGACAAAGAUGGGAAACUGAAACCCUCUUCGUAUUAUGCUGGAGUAGUGGCAGAAGCACCCAAAACACUGAACCAGUAUCGGUACCUGAUAUUUUUUGAUGAUGGAUAUGCACAGUACUGCACACAUGAGCAGGUUACCAUGGUGUGUCACAGUUCGCGAGAUGUUUGGCACGACAUCCACAUGAACUCUCGCUCAUUUGUAUCUAACUACCUAAAACAAUAUCCUGAACGUGCAAUGGUAAAGUUACAACGCGGCCAGACGGUCAAAACAGAAUUGAACGGACAUUGGUUUCAAGGGCGCGUAGAAUCAGUUGAUGCCUCGUUGGCCAACAUAUAUUUCGCCUCUGAAAACCGGUUUGAGUGGAUUUACAGAGGUUCAACUCGCCUUCAUCCCUUGUUCGAUCUACUUGCCAAUGCUGAAGCCAGGAAAAACCAAGGUGCCACAAGGCCCACUCAUAAUAUGGCUCUGGUUCAUAAGAAAAAGAAUGCCCCAUAUGUCGAAUAUACUCGUGGAGAUGUAGACCGAACUCCGUUAAAUAGCUCAGUUUCUAUUUCAUUGCCUUCUGCGUCUUCUUCAUCAAGAGAGAAUGUGGUUCGAGCUGUCGCGCGUAAAAGCACCUCCAAGAUUUUUAAACCACUUUCCGUUUCACCCUCGACAUCCCACCGUAUGGACGAUGUAACAGUGAAUGCUGAGCACAAAGGAAGAUUUAGAGCCCGACCUAACGAAACGUAUCAGCAUGUCGAUUUUGAGCCCCAUCAGUGCGGUAGCAAGUGCGUGGAAGACUAUCCAUACGCCGAUGGAGACAAAAAAAAUCUCAAUCCCCUUUCGAUUCCCAUGUCCUGCGGUUGGUCUCGGGAAGUGGCUAAACAGCGACACGGAGAACGCCUGAGCAUUAUUUAUCGUGCUCCUUGCGGCCGUCGCAUGCGGAACAUGGAUGAAGUACAUCGCUACCUUCGUUUGACUGAGAGCGAACUUGGGGUAGAUCUGUUUUGCUUCGAUAACUUUGUACAUUGCUUUACAGAAUUUGAGCCAGAAGUGGUCUAUAGCAAAAUCAAUGACAUAACGUACGGCAAGGAAAAUGUUCGCGUUUCCUGUGUUAAUUCCAUUGAUCGAAGUAAUCCUGAAUAUGUCGAGUACUGCACGGAGCGGAUACCUCGAGAGGAUGUAAAUCUUAAUUUGGAUCCCAACUUCCUCGUUUGUUGUGAUUGCACCGAUGAUUGUCAGAAUAAGGAAAAGUGUCAGUGUUGGCAACUCACAAUAACGGCAACUAGUUGGGGACCUAGUGGGAAAAUAGAUCCAAAUGCUGGAUAUCAAUAUCGUCGGCUUAUGCAGAAUGUAGUCACUGGUGUAUAUGAAUGUAAUUCGCGCUGCUCGUGUCGUAAAACUUGCAUCAAUAGGGUGGCACAGAGGCCAUUGCAUUUGCGUUUACAGUUGUUUCGGACGGAGAGACGAGGAUGGGGCAUCCGUUGCCUCGAUGAUAUCCCCAAAGGUCAAUUUAUUUGCGUCUAUGCGGGUCAGCUACUGACGGAGCAAGAAGCCAAUGUUGACGGAAAACAAUUUGGUGAUGAAUAUUUGGCCGAAUUGGACCUUAUUGAAAGCAUAGAACAAGCUAAAGACGGCUACGAAAGUGAGGUUGAUAUCGAUAUUGACUACUGCAGCGAUAUUUCUCAAUCGUCCAGCAGUGGUAAUUCAGUGGGCUCUUCGGAUAUUUCCGAAUCGAAAAGUUCGGUGCCAGCGGAAAACGGGAUCAACGAUUCAGCGUGUUCAGAAGCAAUGUCGCCUCCUACACUGCCGUCAACAGUUGCCAGAUUGGUAAAGAAGGAUGAUUGCCAAAAGAAGACCCGUGAACUCUAUGGUCCUAAUGAACAUUGUUACGUUAUGGAUGCCAAGAGUACCGGCAAUAUUGGAAGAUAUCUAAACCACUGCUGCAAACCAAACGUUUUCGUCCAGAAUAUUUUUGUGGAUACACAAGAUUUGCGUUUUCCAUGGGUAGGAUUCUUCGCUCACGUCUUUAUCCGUGCCGGUACUGAACUUACGUGGGACUAUAGUUAUCAAGUUGACAGCGUGCCAGAUAAAAAAUUAUUCUGUCAUUGUGGAGCAAAAGAAUGCCGAGGAAGGUUACUCUAAUUCAUCGUCUUUGUCGUUUAGAGUUUUUUUCCAUGUUUUUUUUUUUUUUCAAUCAAAUAAUGCUAUAAGAUGUCGUCCAUCUUUAAAUGAAAAUAAAUCGCAUUGAGUGCA